GUUCUCUUCCGCCUCAAGCAAGGCGUCACCCCCGCCCAGCUCGAAACAUGGUCCCAGCUUGCCCAGGGAAUGGUCGGGAACGUCCCCGGCUUGGUUUCGCUGAAAACCGGCCAGCCCUUACCCAUCUGUGUGCCGCGCGCAAGGGGCUUCGACAUGGGGAUUGUAGCGGUCAUGGAGAGGCCGGAGGAUGUCGCAGAGUAUGCAGUGCAUCCGGCGCAUUUGGAGGUGCAGAAAAUGAGAGAGGAAUUGUGUGAGGAUACACUUGCGUUUGAUAUGGAGUUUUGA